UUCGAUGUAUACCAUAAACCCUAGACCUCAAAAUUUACAGGUCGAAGAAGAAAUCCGUAACACAGCCAAGGUGAAGAAAUCAGAGAGAGAGAGAGAGAGAGAGAGUUAUAUAGAUGUCUUCGGAUAGAGAAGGGAGCGAUUCUGACGCACCUGAGGAAUUCACAGCCGAUCAGGGAAGACAAUUACUUUCGGAGAUACGAAAAGUUGAGAAAGAAAAUAAGGCCAGGGUUGUUCGUGAAGGAAAAGAAAGAAGAAGACUAUGGGCCCAAAAGUUAACACCACGACCCUCUCGAAAAGGUGAGAUUGUCCAAGAUGAAGUGGGAGAUGAAACACAGCAAGAGUCUAAGGGCAAUGAGGGGAUGCUUCCAGAUGACAUUGUCAAAGUGAUUGUAGCUCGUGAGAAAAUAGUUUUCUCAUCAGACUCAGAGGAAGAGAAGACUGAGGUAAACCCCACCAAAAGAAAGAAAAAAUCCAAAACCUCGGGGGUAGAACCUGUUAUUUUGAAGGACAUGGGUCCUUCCCAAUGCUUGCAGAAUUCCUUAGAGUUCUUGAAGAACAGAAAAAUGCAGGUUCCAAGGUCAUCGGCAGUCUUGAACAAUUCCAGCCAAGCAUUGCGUCUUCUUUCCAGUUCUGGCUUGAUUUGUAAGAAAUGAGAGUUAGGAUGUCAGUGUGUAAUUCUCAUGCUGUACGGGUGAUAUAGUUAUGUCUACCUUUUUCUCCGCACUGUGCAUUGUUCUGAGGAACAGUUCAAACCGCAAUUUUGGUGCAAAUUUCAAUUUUGUGUUAGUAAUCAAUCACAUUGCUUAACAUAGUGGGAUGGUAUCUCGUGAGAGAUUGUAUCUUUUGCCUAAUUUGAAUAUUGAGAUGGGAUGGAGAAUAUGAGAAAUCCACCAAAAGGCACUACGUGUAGGCCUAAAGGAUUCCACGAA